AUGGCUCUUCUUGCGCACAUUUUGGAUCUUUUCCUGGUCUUGGCCUUCGCCAACAUCUGCAUGAUCUUCGUAGUAGGCCUUUGGAGGCUACUCCGCUGGGGCUGGCGCCCGCCCGCUGGAGAACGAGCCGCGCGAUUCGUUCGAGCGCUUGCUGCGGCAGCGACAGCGUGGUUGUAG